UCCUCAUGCAGCUCAUUGUGACUAAUCCAUUAACUAAUCUAUCUUAAUUAUCUUCCUAUGCAGAGACACAAUGUCCAUGCAGAACAAAAUGUUGGACUCUGUUCCUUCAUCACAGGCCCUUUUUGGGGUUUUUCUCUUUGCCACAAGUUUCCUCUGGACCUUCCCUGAAUUUGUUCUGGCUACUUCACACCACGGAAGUGUUACAAGGCACUACAAAUUCGAUAUAAGGCUAGCAAACGUCACGAGGCUGUGUCACACAAAAAGCAUAGUUACCGUGAACGGAAAGUUCCCGGGGCCUCGAGUCGUUGCAAGAGAAGGGGACAGAAUAUUGAUUAAGGUUGUUAAUCAUGUUCCAAACAAUAUCACGUUGCAUUGGCAUGGAGUGAGACAGGUUCGUAGUGGUUGGUCAGAUGGUCCAUCAUACAUAACUCAAUGCCCCAUUAAAAGAGGGCAGAGUUAUGUGUACAAUUUCAGCAUUGUUGGACAAAGAGGAACUCUGUUUUGGCAUGCUCAUUUCUCAUGGUUAAGAGCUACUGUCUAUGGACCUCUCAUCCUUCUCCCCAGACACAACGAAUCUUAUCCAUUUCUAAAACCCUACAAGGAACUCCCCAUCCUCUUUGGUGAGUGGUGGAAUGCAGAUCCAGAAGCUGUUAUUGCACAAGCACUUCAGACAGGGGGUGGCCCAAAUGUCUCUGAUGCCUACACCUUUAAUGGACUUCCUGGACCUCUCUAUAAUUGCUCCAAAGAUACAUACAAAUUGAAGGUGAAACCAGGAAAGACAUAUCUACUACGUUUAAUUAACGCUGCACUCAACGAUGAACUCUUCUUCAGCAUAGCAAAUCACACUUUAAUUAUCGUUGAAGCUGACGCUUCAUACGUUAAACCAUUUGAAUCACACACCAUCCUACUUGGGCCAGGACAAACCACAAAUGUUCUUUUAAAAACAAAACCACAAUACCCAAAUGCCACAUUUUUCAUGCUAGCUAGACCAUAUUUCACUGGGAUGGGCACUUUUGACAAUUCCACAGUAGCUGGAAUUUUAGAGUACACAAAAAAUGUUGCUAAUACUAAUUCUAAUGUAAAUUCCUCAACCACUUCAAAAUACUUUCCCUUGUUACCAUCCAUCAAUGAUACUACAUUUGUUGCAAAUUUUAGUAACAAAUUUGUUAGUUUAAACAGUGUUAAAUACCCUGCAAAUGUACCAAAAACUAUUGAUAAAAACUUUUUCUUCACAGUGGGCCUAGGGACAAGUCCAUGCCCAAAAAACCAAACAUGUCAAGGACCAAAUAAUAGUUCAAAAUUUGCAGGUUCAAUGAACAAUGAAUCAUUUGCUUUACCUUCAAUAGCACUUCUGCAACAACAUUUCUUUGGACAAGCUAAUAAUGGAAUCUACACAACUGAUUUUCCUGUUUUGCCCCUAAGGCCAUUUAACUACACAGGAACACCUCCAAAUAACACAAGGGUUAGUAAUGGAACUAAAACAGUGGUGAUACCUUAUAAUACUAGAGUACAGGUUGUACUACAGGACACAAGCAUUUUGGGAGCUGAGAGUCACCCUUUGCAUCUUCAUGGAUUCAAUUUCUUUGUAAUUGGUCAAGGUUUUGGAAAUUUUGAUCCUAGUAAUGACCCUAAUAAGUUCAAUCUUGUUGAUCCUGUUGAGAGGAACACUGUUGGUGUGCCCGCAGGUGGUUGGGUUGCCAUACGCUUCUUGGCUGACAACCCAGGUGUGUGGCUGAUGCAUUGCCACUUUGAUGUGCACCUAAGUUGGGGAUUGAGGAUGGCUUGGAUUGUUGAGGAUGGAAAGUUCCCUAAUCAGAAAUUACCACCUCCUCCUAAGGAUCUCCCUAAGUGUUGAAUACUAUAUGUAUAUAAAUCUGUUUUGGUUUUUUAUACCAUUUGCCUCUGCCAAUUUUCCCUCCUAAUAAACCCUUUUCUAGACAUUUAAUUUUCAUUUUCCAAUUCCAUGUAAAUUUAAGGAAUGUCCGGCUCUAGUAUAUAAUUCCACAGUCUUUCUUUUAUUGUAUCAAUUUCUAUUUUUGCCUAAUUUUCAGGUGCCAAAAUAAUAAGGGUGGCUGGUUUUCUAUGUAUAAUUAUAAAUAUAUUGUAUUUCCUUGAGGGUUAAUCAUAGUAUGUACUUUUCUCA